GGCAAUGGCUCCCUCGGCAUCUUACCCCCUGCGACUAUAGCUACCUCGAAAUACCCGCGUCGUUCGAUACGACAUUCUUCGAUCCUUAUAUCCAGACUGUCCCUACCGGCACGGUUUUGCCCAUGCGCACAUGGCCGACUUGACUUCUGGGCCCCGUGACGCGGGCAAAAUUGGCCUCGGCAGGGAAGGGAACAAAGCUCAGAGGGACAAGGGAAACACAGCCAGAAAGGCCCUCAAGCGUCUGUCGUGCGAAACGUGCAGGACUCGAAAGAUUCGGUGUGACCGCCAGCAUCCGAUAUGUGGACGAUGUGCCAGGCUAGGCGACGAGUGUCGCUACUUGGAUCGUGCCAAGGCACCCCUGUCCAAAACGGAAAUGCUGUUGUGUCUGGACGCCAUGAACAGACGGCUCCAACAGGCAGAGGCCAAGAUCGCUUUGCAUGUUAACGAUGACCCGGAACGCACUCCGCCCGCAACAAAUUCCACACAUUCCAUGUCGCCACCGCAGGCGAACAUAGAAGGACUCGCGCCAAUACCAGACCUUUUUGGUGGCUGGUCUGACAUGGAAAUGGAAGAAGACUAUGGCUUCAACUUUGAUGCCCUGUCCUACACCACACCGCUCGAAUACGUAACCGAGACGUUCCAAGCUGUGUCAGGCGCCAGCCAGUUCAACGCUGCAUUUCCUGACAUCGCUCCUCUCUCACUCUGCUACGAAGAGCCUCGAGUGUUCCCUUCUAUCCUGCAGACACUGCAUGCCAGGUACUUUGAGCUCUUCCACCCGUUCAUGCCGCUGGUCAACAAACCCCGGCUCGAAGCCGAGCUGGCCCAGACGCCCCCCUCAAAGGGCGCCCGGGCGCUAUCCACCGCCAUAGCAACGCUCGCAGCCUUCUCCGACCCCGGCCUCGGGUGCCACGUCGACAGGCACUACGACGAAUGCCGCACGCUGCUGGACCUGUGCGAGCGGCAAGCCACCGACGAGUCGCUGGCCAGCAUCAACACGCUGCAGGCGCUCACGGUGCUGGCGCUGUUCGAGUUCAAGCAGCCGUGCUUCGCACGGGCGUGGAUGACGCUCGGGCGCGCCAUCCGGCUAGCCAAGAUGAUGGGCCUCGACCGCGCCCCGGCUGCUGCUCCCGGGCGCCACAACGCGAGCGCCGUCGGCGAGCGGUGGAGCGCCGCAAAGAUGCAGGCGUGUCCGCCGCCGCUCGACGCCGCCGCUGCCGAGGAGCGCCGCCGCACGUUCUGGGUGCUGUAUAUCCUCGAAGCGUUCUCGACGACGCAGACGGACGAGGCCCUGACGCUGGAGAUGCCGGUGCACAUCCCGCUGCCGUCGCCGAGCGAGUACCCCGACGGCUCGUCUCUAGCCAGCAUGCCAUCCAUCCACGAGGUCCUCGACGCUCGCACCACCGACAACACCAUACAGCUCUCCCCGCUCGCCGGCAACGCCGUCAUGGUGUGCCUGUACCGGCGGUGCGCCGAGCACAUCACCGCGUCCACAUCCGCAUCCACAUCCGCAUCCGCAUCCGCAUCCGCAUCCGCAUCCGCAUCCACAUCCGAAUCCACAUACGCAUCCCACCAGCACACGCAAGACACCACGGCAGCAGGCUGCUUCUGGGAAACGCACUACGCCAUCGCCGACACCCUCGCGCACUGCCGCCACCACGUCCUCGCCGCACACGACACCGACACCCGAUCGAGCGCCCACGAUGGCAUCGACGGCGCGUGCACGCUGCCGCUGCGCAUGAACCUGGCCGCCGUCGAGAUCAGCCUGCACGAGGCGGCGCUGUCACGAGUCACGCGCGCGCGCGGGACGCUGCCGGCGGCGCUGGCGAGCGAGGCGGCGGGGCGGUGUGCGGUGGCGGCCGACGCGGUGGUGGACGCGGUGCAGCGCGGGCGGUUUGGUCUCGACCUGGCGCCGGGGAACGGGGGUGGGAAUGGGAAUGGGAUUGCGGCUGAAAUUUUCCGGCAGCACGACCGCUUCCUGGUGUGGCCGCUUGCGGCGGCCGCGAGGGUCUAUGCCAGGAUCAUAUCAGCGCAGAAGGGGGAGGGUGUUGUCGAUGGCGAUGCUGGGGUGGCAGAGGCAAGGAGCCAAUUGCGCGUGCUGGCGGAGGCUAUCCGUGACUUGGUCCGGCCCGAGCAUGUCCCGCCGGGGUUGCUGGGUGAGGUGGAUGCGCUGGUGGCGUGAUUUGUGUGUGUUGGUGUUGUAGGAUAAGAGCGCUGUAGGUUGUUAUGAAACUCUCAACUUUCAUCAAAACUUGGAUCUUAUUUAGGUUAGUAAUUCCUAGAGUUAAUUAGGAGAAAAUUGUCUCUUUGUCUAAUUUGGUGGGUGCCAAUUUGGUGGGUGCCGAAUUUGGUGGUGCUCAAUUUGGUGUGUGCCCAAUUUGGUAGGUGCGAGUAAUCAUGGGGAUGAAUGUUAAGGGUCAAGUCGUGCAUCCAUUACGGUAUAGUACGUGUUCUCAUUUUGACUCUAUUCGGUGGCGUAUGGAAAUUUCGCCUAUCAAACGGCUGGUUCAGGGAUUCCAAGGAUCUUCGGAGGUACCUAAAACACCAG